AUGAAACAUAAAUUCUGCCGGCAUCAAGAACAUAAAGAGUCAUUCAAAAAUUUGAAGAAAAUUCUUACGACACCACCACUAUUGUUGAAAUAUCCACAUCCAACAGCAGAAUUUAUCUUGGCAACAGAUGCAUCAGAAUAUGCAAUCGGUGGUGCGUUGAAACAAGUGAUUGACGAAACACUCACUACAAUCCUUACUAGAGCCGAUUUGAAACAUGCUUUGGGAAAAUAUAAACAGAUCUCAAUUGCGUCAUUACAUGAUGCGCGAACAAAUAGUAUGGUCAGUCAUCCAUGCGAAAAAGGUGAAGUUCUAAAUCGUUAUUUUGCUGAAGUGUGCACGCCUUUAAAUACUCAAGGGCAUAUUUUUCCAACGUUGCCCACUCCUAAGCAAAUUAUGCCCACUUUUACUAUCGAUGUCAAUGAGGUAUAUUAUUCGUUGAAGAAAAUAAAUGUAAUGAAAGCUGUUGCUCCUGGGAUCAGUGGGCGAAUCUUGAAGGAGGAUGCCUUCGAAUUAACACCUGUUCUAACACGGCUAUUCAAUCACUCAUUGUCAAUGGAGACAUUUCCCUCACAGUGGAAGCUGGGCUUUGUUACCGUUAUAUUUAAACAAGGUGAUGUUCAUCACCCCACAAACUAUCGACCGAUAACCCUCCUUUCAGCUGUUUCCAAAAUAUUCGAACGCGUCAUAUUCAAGCGAGUGUUUACAUUUCUUAUUAAAGCACGAGAAAUUAGUCCGAAUCAAUCAGGUUUUCUACCAUCUCAUUCCACAAUUACUCAGUUAGUUCAGAUGCUAGCGAGUAAAGGUAUUCGCGGAUCGCUGCUUGGUUGGUUUUGCAGUUAUUUGAAUGAGAGAAAUAUUGUCACCAUGGUAGAAGGCUUCACAUCAUCUAGUGCGCGUAUCGGUUGUGGUGUACCACAAGGUUCGAUUCUAGGGCCACUUCCCUUUUUGUUGUUCAUCGAUGAUCUUCCACGGUCAAUGGUCUGCACGUGCAGGUUGUUUGCUGAUGAUGUCUCUCUAUACGGUAGUUAAGACGAAUCAAGAUGUGGUGAAUAUAAACAAAGAUUUGGAGCGAGUUUAUCAAUGGUAAAGGACUGGUUGCAGAACAUAAAUGUUCUCAAAUGUUACUCGGUUUUCUUCACACAUAAAGCUACAGCCUGUCCGCUAGCACUUAUUCUUGGUGAUACGAUGUUGAAGCAUGUUGAUAAACAUACUCAUUUAGGGCUAGUUUUAACUCCCAAUUUGGAUUGGACUCCACAUGUAGAUAACGUUUAUUCAAAAUGUUCCAAAAUGAUUGGAUCAUUAAAAUUGUUAUCUCGCUGUAUGGCAAGACGAGCACUUUUGUU